CAAUUAUAUUAGGUAUACACAAUUUAACACAGUAUACACGUUUGUCGUUAUAUAAGAGAAUAUUUCUGAAUAUCUGAAGUCUGAAAUAGACAUUAGGGAAUAACAGACUUACUACAACCUAUUACCUAACUUAAGAAUAAAAUAAUUUAUUUUUCUAAUUAACUAUGAAGAAUGUUUUGCACGUGGAAGUGCUUUUACAACCCGAGAAAGCUAUUGAAAUUCCUGAAUUAGAAAAAGCCAUCAGACUUGAACUAAAAAACAUUGAACCGAUAAUCCCAGAGUCAAUACAUACUACAUUUGUUACUGAUGGAUUAUCUGAUUAUGUAAAAAGCAUACAAAUUUGUGAAAUUGAAAAUUUACAUGAUAGUGAAAAUAUUGAACAAGUGGUAAUAGAGGCAGGAGUUGAAUCAUUAGACUUAGAUUCAUACUUAAUUAAAAUCUAUUUCUACAAAUUAGAUGAUAGUGGUUUAGUAGAUGAUGCCACAUCCGAUGAAGCUACAUGCAAAAUGAGACGUUGCAUAUUACCCAAUGUAGAUUUUUGCGGUAUUUGGGAGUCAUUGGUGUUUCAGGAACCAGUUAAAGAAAUUCUUUUAAACUAUGCUCAGACAGGGAUGAAUUUUGCACGUCAUAAUGUUAAUACUAAUAUUAUUAGCUAUAAUAGAUUAAUCCUAUUACAUGGUCCACCUGGUACUGGUAAGACAUCUAUUUGCAAGGCCCUUGCCCAAAAAUUAUCAAUACGAUUAGGCCAACAGUACAAUUUUUUUGAAUUUAUUGAAAUAAAUAGUCACAAUUUAUUGUCCAAAUAUUUCUCUGAAAGCGGAUCAUUGGUAAUGUCUAUGUUCCAACAAAUAAAAAGUGUUUUGGAGUAUGGUGAUUCAUUGGUAUUUAUAUUAAUUGAUGAAGUAGAGAGUUUAACGCGAGCUCGAGAUGCAGUGUUGUCUGGUACUGAACCAUCUGACUCAAUACGAGUUGUAAAUGCUGUACUCACACAACUUGAUAAUUUAAGAAAGUAUCCAAAUGUUAUAUUUUUAACAACAUCAAAUGUAACAGAAGCCAUUGAUACUGCAUUUACUGAUCGAGCUGACAUAAAAAUGCUAAUUAACCCUCCUCAAGAAAUGGCAAUUUACACUAUACUUAAAGCAGCUAUUGAAGAACUUAUCAAAGUGAAAUUGAUUAUAAAUGUUGAAGAACAUGAUCAAUUUGAUCGUCUUCCUGAUGUUAAUGCUGAACAAAAAGAAAUUCUCAAUACUACACAAAAAUUAUAUCAAAUUUCCAAAGAAAGUGUUGGUUUGAGUGGCCGUGUUCUAAAAAAAAUUACUUUUAUUGCACAUUCUAUUUAUGUAAGACAACCACAAUGUGAUGGUGUUCAUCUGUUUUUGGAGGCUUUGCAUAAAGCAGUUAAGUAUCAAAAAACACAAGAUGCUGGCAUUACUAAAAUAAAAUAAUUAAGUUUUCUUUUAUAUUAUUAUUGUAAAUUACAGUCUAUUUUUAUGAUAAUUUGUAAUUAUAUUCUAAAUAGUUGUGUUUUGAAAAAAAAUUAAAUAUUUAUGAUGCAAAAUAUAAGAAUAAUAAUUUUAUUUAUUA